CUAGAAGCCAGUUGCUUUUGUUUUUCCUAAGACGUUAAAGUUUAGAUACAAUCUAAUACUAGCAAAUCAUCACAGCUUGGGCGGAAUAUCACCACGGCAAAGUGAUCAUGGCGUGACGUGGUAAAGACGACUUUGGAUUUUUCUGGUUCUUUUUCAUCUCUUUUUUGCACAACGAACUGCUUCAUACCUCCGUUUUUUUUUUUUCAAGAAAAGAAAAUAGGCUCCUUGGGCCGGCGAGUUUUCUCGCAACAACUACCGCGAUCAUGGAUACAGACUCGGAUUUGACUGGAGGACCGGUCCUUCUCUCAUUAUCAAUCAUAACAACAUGCUUUGCUUUGGCAACAUGCGGUUUGAGGCUCUUUGCUCGUUUCAGAAUAAGCCAUGAGAUAGGCAGAGAGGACUACGCCAUAGGCGUGGCUGCUAUUAUGGCAUUUAUAGGGACCAUCUUCAGCAUGAUGGAAAGCACUUCCGACACCUCUGCGCAAGCGAUUGAGUUCAACACCCUCGGCCAGCCAUUUUACGUGAUAGGCGCCACAUUGGCCAAAAUCUCCAUCUGCUUCUCCUUUAUCGCGUUGAUGGAUACCAUGAGGGUUUGGCGGGUGGUGCUCUCGACGUUGAUCUUUCUCAUGGCCUCCACCGACUUCUGCUCUGCCCUGACGACGAACCUGCAAUGCCAGCCGUUGGAGAAGCUUUGGGACCCUGAUUUGGAUGGCGCGUGCUGGGAUCCAAGUGUGCAGGCCAACAUUGGUUAUUUCAGGGGUACUUUUUCUGCUGUUUCCUGGCUGAUGUUGUCCAUCAUGCCGGUCUUUAUCCUUCGCGGUUUGGAGCCUGAUAACCGCGCCCUGAGGUGGCCAUUUUAUGGCCUCUCGGCUUUGAGCAUCACUGCCGGAGUCUUCUCAGCAGUCCAGACAUAUGAGACGUCAAACAUACCGAUGCAGACGGGCAUCUAUACUUAUAGCAACUUCCUCUCCACCCUCUUCUCUCUCUUUGAACAAAACAUCGGCAUCGUCGCCGCCAACUUUCUCCACGUCGGACCGCUCUUCUCCCGCCGACAGCGGCAGCUAGCCAGCCGGACCGACAGCGUCCACGACCCCUUCAAGCAGGGACGCAGCGGCGGCGGCGCCUCGCACUCCUCGGGCGACUCGGGGAGCGUGCGGUCCACGGGCCCGCUGGGUCGGUUGAGCGGCCUGGCAGGGGCGUCCAAGUCCACUCUGGGCGGCGGCCUGCAGAGGUCCGACAGCUUCGAGAUGGGACUCGGCCGGUCCGGCUCGACGCGCAGCGUCAUUCGCGGCGGCGUCGGGCGGUCUUCGAGCAGGAGGAGCAACAGGAGCGGCACCGGCGAUGCUGGCGCCGACGAGGCGGCUCAAGAUGCUGCGGCCGCCGUCGGCGGCGGGCAGUGGCCGCAGGGUAUCAUCAUCAAGACGGUCGAGGUCGAGGUCACGGUCGAGGAGAGCACCCGCGAGGUUGACACGAGUAAUAUGCCGACAACGCCGAGUGCCGAGCACGAUUGGGAUCGGAUGCUUCGCGAUGGUCCGUCGACACGAUGA